GUGACCACCGCUCCGAUUCAACAUUUCCCUUAUACCUUACACCUUCAUGUCGGCCAUGCACCACAGGAGCCGGUUAGCGGGGGCGGCGGCGCCACCCUCUCCGAUCCCAACCGCCAAAGGCUCCCGCUCCGCAGCCUCCGAAACCUUCUCGCAAUUCCUCGACAACUGCCUCAAGAUCCCGGAGCUCAUCGCAUUGCCCCCUUCUCGCCUUCCCAGCAUAGGCCCACGUCAAAUCGCUGACGUCGACUUCCGAUCCCUCUCCGCUGACUCCAUCGCCAGCCUUCUCGUCUCGGCCAAGCAACUCGGCGCGUUUAGGAUCAUCGGUCAUGGAAUAACGGCCGAUCAGGUGAGUUCCGUGGUUCAAGAAGCCGAAUCUGUUUUCGGAAAUGCCGAUCGUCAAUCGAGACAUUUCAUUGAGCGCGUUGGUAGCCACGAGGUGAUUGCUUGGGUUCGAGAUCAAAAGAAGAAAUCAGACCUAAGAUACGACAGCUUUUGUAACAAUAUGGAGAAGGUUGCGAGUAAAAUUGGAACAAUUGCAGAGCAAUUGAGUCAAGUUUUCUAUAAAAAUCCGAAAGUUGAAUUUGUGAGAAGAACUGAAGAGAAAGAUUGGGUUUUUAGGCUAUACAGAUGCAAGCAUGACCAAGAUACAAUCGAGCAAAACCACAGUAAUUCACGGAAUGAAAUCGACUGUGCCCGUGAGUCUGAUGAUCAUGGUUUAUGCAUCCACUUUCCGCUUGAGCAUUCUCAGUUCUACAUUCAAUCGGAACGAGGUCCAUUGACGUUUGAUGCAGGGCCAGAGAUGCUUGUCGUUACGAUUGGAAAGCAGCUAGAGGGAUUUAAAUGCGUAUCAGGGGAAAUGAUCUGUGAGCCUGACAUACGCACAAGCGAAGCCUCUUUCUCCUUGCAACUCAAAGUUCCGUUUUCGUCGAAUUUCAGAAAAGAUUCCAAGAGAAUUUCCAUUGCUGAUCAAGUUUUCAUAGCAUUAUUCCUCUGCUUACUUUACAAAGUUGUCGUGUUCGGGUACACUUACGUUACAACUACAUAGAUACACUCAUUUUUGUUUUGGCAAGCUAUGGGGUGAAGAUCGAUAACAUAUAUUUUUGAUACGG